GACAAACUGCAGGCACAGGUCAUUUGAAGCACUUGUAAUAGUCUGCUUUAUUUGAAUUGUCUGGAGGAAUCCCUCUUGGUGGGCUGGCUAGAGCAAAGUCACCCCGCAGAAUUGUUUGGUGGUGGGGGGGUGGUUGCACCCUUUGUAGAAAGUAAAGUAUUUAAAUUUAAAAGAAUCAGGCAGCUCCAUGGUCACCCUUAAUUUUCUGGCUUCAGUUUCCACAGUGAUUGAGGGGGAGUGCUGCAGUGGUGUGAACUGCUUGCCCUGCACCCAGAUUUGCAAAUCAUUUGCAACUCCAUUGAGGUUGUUUUAUUGUAAUUCAUUUUCUGCUCCGGGAAGAAGAGCAGAGGCUGCUGUAGGGGUAAGGGGGAGAAGGGGGCUGGACAAAAGGCGUAGACUAAAACCUAUCAAAUCUGAUUUGGUGAGGCUUGUCUAGGCGGCUGACUGAGUAUCUUAAGGCACACUCCCCUCCCUUCAGGGAGAAGAUGCUCUUCUGCAACAGUGAGCACAGAAGAUGAGAAAAGUUUCCUUAUGAAAAAAAAACAAAAGGUGCCAUGCACUAUAUAAAAAAAAAAAAAAUUAAAAAUCCAGUCACUGCCUAAUCGGCUAGAUCCACAACAAGUCACCUGAUGGUCCUCCCUGCGGAGUUCAGACGGGGAGGCGAGGCAGCAUGGGAUCGUAUUGCGAGGAGCUACACUCUCUUUAGCUUAUGAGCUCCCAUGAUGUGCAGAGUGCCUAGAACUACAGCCUGAACAAACCCCCACCAACUUUUGUUGUUCUCUUUCAUCUGCGGCUUUCUGAUAGCUUUCGUCAGGAGGAGAAAUGGUAUUCAUCAGCACUAAAUUGAAGUCUGUGAUUAAAUAUUUGAAAAAGAAAGCUGUGUCUAAUCUUGAAGAAGAAAGCAAAUGGACCGUACAUUACACGGCACCCUGGCAUCAGCAGGAGAAUGUCUUUCUGCCAACAAACAGGCCUGCCUGUGUCGAAGACUUGCACCGGCAGGCCAAAGUCAACCUAAAAACUGUACUGCGAGAAUGUGACAAGCUAAGGAAGGAUGGAUUCCGCAGCUCCCAGUACUAUUCCCAGGCUCCUACUUUCUCCUCUUCAAACCUCUCUGACAGCAGCCUCUCGGAACAGAAUGAUUUGGAUAAGAAGUCUAAUUUCCUAGACUGCAUCGGCCAACCUUGUCUAAACAUCUGCCAUCAUCUGACAUCCUGGAAUCAUAAGUCCACAGUUUCUGCUCCAGAUGAAGAGAAGCUGGUUUAUUCAAUGAGACCUAAAACCCCACUGAUUGGGGAUGUUUCUGAGAUUGACAUCCAGACCAACUGGACCAAGUCCUUGCCUUUGCCCACCCCAGAAGAGAAGAUGCGUCAGCAGGCCAAGGCAGUGCAGGCUGAUGUUAUUCCCAUCAAUGUAACAGGAGGGACUUUUGACCGCCAGGCCAGCAUUCGGCGGUCACUAGUUAACACUGACACUGUCGUCAAACGGCCGAAGAAAGUCAAAAGGAGAAAGACAAUUACAGGGGUCCCUGACAACAUCCAGAAGGAACUAGCUGGAGUAGGACAGAAUGAGGUGCGAGGUCAUUCAGUGUGUCUCCCUGGGCAGUAUUCAACUCUUGGCAGGAUGGGCAGUGCUUCUGCAGCUUUGAGGAGAACGGAGAUGCGGGAUUCGAGCUGCCAGACUGAAGAUAUCAAAAUUGUGCCACCUUCUGUCAGAAGAAUCCGAGCACAAAAGGGGCAGGGCAUUGCUGCACAGAUGGCCCAGCUGUCCACUUCCUCCCAGACUGUAUCUUCGGCGUGUGAUACUGUAGGUGUCAUCUUUAGCUCUCACAUUAAUGGAGAUGUACGUUUCCAUAGCCUUCCAAGGACUGGUGCUAGGGUGUCACUGCAGGCAAUUGAGCAACCUUAUAGCGCCAUGUACAGAUCGGAUGGUUUGUCUCCAAGCACUUUGCCACGCCAGAUAAGUAAACUUCAAGUAGAUGAAAGUGUCGUUCACCUCAGGAACACACCCAAAAGUGGCACGUUACCCAGACCCAAGUCCCAGGAAGUGAAGAAUAGCCAGAGUGAAGGAGUGACAGGCCCAGCCUGUGUGGUCUCUCCACGUGCAACAUACUCAACAUCUGUCAUACCCAAUGCCACACUCCCAUCAUCUGUUGAGGUAAUCACUAUCCACACUUCCCAAAAUACUGGACCCUCAUGUACCCUUGCAAACUCUACACAUGCAGCUACAAGAUCCCUUUGCAGUCCUAGCCUAAAUGUCAGUGAGAGCCAGUCGUCUUUUACACCUUCAAUAAUGUCCCCUCACAGUAAUUCUGCUCAUUCCAUUGGUACAAGUAGCAGCACAACUGUGGGUUCGCAAUGCAGUACCAUGGAGAGAAGAAAUGGGUGCAGCAGCACCAAGGAUGCCAGAACUGAUUGUAGCUACUCAGAAAACAGCCUUCAAAGUGAAAAUACCAUCCCUGCAGACCAGUGGAUAUAUGACAUACCUGAGAACGUCAUGGCUCAGAAUCCUGCAACAGCAAGCACCUCCACGCCAAUGAAUCGCAUUUAUAACAGCCUGGACAGGAAUUCCAUUAAAGCUGACACCAGCUCAUUAUAUUCUGUUGACAUAGAUGGAUACUACACAUCGAUGCAUCUAGACUCAGGAAUUCAUACUAGAAGCCAAUCUGGAUUAAAUGGGAUCGGGAUCACCACACAAAGUAUGUAUGAAAAUAGAGAGCAUCAUUGUCAGGAUAGUGGUUCAAGCCAUUACAGCGACAGGUCUCUGACACGCAGCAUCUCCUUGAAAAAGAUCAAGAGACCUCCUCUCCCUCCCACCAGAACAGACUCUUUGAGGCGCAGGUCAGACAAGAAGUCACACUCAAAUGACACCAUCUUGAACGAAACACUGAUAGCUUCUUUGCAGCAUUCAUUGCAUCUUGGCUUAAAAUGCAAGAACAGUUCAUCCCCAUCUCAGAGCCCAUGUAGUGACUACGACGACCCUUGGAUUUUACGGUCUCGCAGCCAAAGCACGGUCAGUGCCACCAGCAGCAUGUCUGCUACUGGGCCCAAUGUCUACUCUAUCUGCCCAGUGACCCCUUCUCAGAGUGAUACCAGUAGCAUACGAUCAGAGUAUGCAGAAGCCUGGGGUUAUUACGUGGACCUCUCAGGAGCCCAGGGUCAUCCUGUAGCAUCAGUUUCAAAUAGAGGUCCUGAACCUAUUGGGUGUGGGAACAUCACAAAUUACAAUAAUCUGCCCUGUGAACCCAGAUCCACAGAACCACAGUCAUCUGUCAAGCCUAAAAUGGCCCCUUCUCCAGAUAAAAUUCACAGGGUGACAUCACCCUCAAGUGGUUACUCAAGCCAGUCCAAUACUCCAACGGCUGGCACGCCAGUGCCUGUUUUCUUAAGGUCCAUGUCACCAGGUGGAAAGCCUAAACCAAAAGUGCCUGAACGAAAGUCAUCAUUGUUGUCCUCUCUGUCCGUUUCAUCCUCGUCAACAUCUUUAUCAUCGAACACCUCUGACACAACAAAAAAUCAAGUCAGCCAGGUGAAUAAUCCACCUCCAUCUACUUAUUUGUCUAAAUCAUCUGCGUGUGCAGAUGACUCUACUUCUAUGGGAAGUUCAUCGGUAGCAUCUCCUCCUCCACCACCACCUCUUCCACCUGGUCCUUCUACUCCUUCCUUACUGACUGCUGAAAACCAGCCGGCUUUUGCAUUCAAACUUGGUUUAGUUCUGCCAACACCGGACCAACCAGAGCCUGAACCUCCUUCACCCCCUCCUAUGUCUCCUAGUUUCCCUCCUCCACCCCCCGAGGUUCUUCUAGAUGGCUGUUUUUCAAGUGAAGUAGCUAGCAGCCCCCCACCACCCCCUCCUCCUCCAUUACCUCCUCCACCAUUGUCAGCUUCAAUUUCUCCUUUCCCAGAGUUGCCUCGUGCUCCUCUGCUUUUGAACCCAGAAGCUCUGAAAGUGGCAAUUAAGCCAUCCAUCAGUAAGAACAAUCAGCUCAAUGCACCUAAAUGGCCAUUAUCCCCCACAAUGGAUGUUGGCAAACCUGCCAUGCCCCUUAUCACCCCCAGAACUCUUCAGAUGGUACAACUAAGAUCUGUUAGAAAAUUGGAAGUAUUGGAGAAUGAGCCAAAAUCUCCGGAAGAAGACGAGCACACUGAGCUUCAAAAGCCUUUGUCACCAGAGAAGCCUAAAAUUUUGGCUCGUCCUUCCUCACUGAAGACAUCUUCAAGAUUUCAGAAUAAUGUUAGCAAGCCCAUGAAUGUUGAGAAUCUUCAGCCCACCCCACCUAUUGAGACUAAGGCCUUUAACUUUAAAUUUGAGGAGUCUAGUAAUAAAAGGCAUCCAGCACUUUUUCCCAAACCGGGAAACAUCUUGGGUUCUCCCUCUGCGAAAGAGCAUCAGAGUGGCACAAAUGCCAGGAUGAUACGAAAGAAUGAAGUUUCUUCAGCAGAAAGUGACACUGGUGCUUUUUCGAAAAAAGCAUCCAUGGUUCAUUCAAAGAGACCCAAACUUUGUCUUGUUUUACCAGUAGCAGAAGAAAUUACUGACCCAAAUUGCACUGAUAUUCUGAAGAUGGCUGACCCUCGAGAUGGUGGUUUUCCUUCCCGUGAAAAUGGCAAAGAAGGAAUAGGCCGCCUUAAUAGCCCAAAGUUUGCAGAAGAGACUGAUUCAGAAAGCUCCACUCCCACUUCUAAAAUGUAUGAUUCUCUUGAGACAGUAGAAAUUAAGACACCCACAGAAAGCUGUUGGAGAAUUCAGGACUCUUGGACUGUACCGAUGCCUUCAGGUGACAAAAGUAAUUCAGAUGAAAAUGGUGACGACUAUGCUGCAAGCUCCAUGAGCACCAAAGAAGAGGAAAGUGGUGAGGUGUUUGAAACAGAAAUAAUAUCAACUUCACCAGUGUCAAGUCCUUUAGGAGAAGGAUGUGAAGAUCUAUUAACGCCAACACGACCAAGAACAACUGAAGAUCUCUUUGCAGCUAUACACAGAUCCAAAAGGAAGGUGUUGGGUCGUAAAGAUUCGGAAGAAGACCGUACUUGGAAUCCCUCGUCCUCUCCUCCCGUCACACCAACAGGUGGAACGCCCAGUCUGAUCUCCCAGUACAGGCAGAUGGGUUCCAUUCAGCGUAGCACGCGCAAAACUACCACUACCAGUGAUAACUUCAAAGCUCUCCUCCUGAAAAAAGGCAGCCGCACAGAGACCAGUUUCCGCAUGUCUGCCACUGAGAUGCUUAAAAACUCAGACCCAAGGUUCCACCGGACAAGGUCGGAGUCUUCGCUUGAUGGUCCUGAUAGCCCCACCUUUGGAGACUGCAGUUCUCCUGGAAGGAACAAACGCAUUCAGGAAGAAUGGGCUAAAAGUGACGGCAUUCUGCCUCGGACAGGUUCCUUUACAGGCACAAAGUAUGGACGAUCCCGCACCCCACCCUCUGCCGCCAGCAGUAAAUACAAUUCCCGAAACCGCAUUCUUAGCAGCCCUAUGACGGUAAUCCGGGAAGGUGAGGGAGAACAAGCAGAGACUCAAGAUUCGCCUUCUACUUACUGCUCACAAAAUGAGAACGGGACUCGGGGGAGCAAGUUGGAUAGCAGGGAAGUAACCUUACGCCAAAAGGCAGUGACGAUAACUCCCGAGCUGAACUGUCUGACGGACUCCACAGAGAAAUCUGUGCCAGAGUACGCCUCAGAAAGUUGUAAUGGCACUUUAGUGAAAGGUGAGAACAGUUGAGAGAUAAUCAGAAGCAGCGAUUUCACCUUAUGGAAUUCUCGGAUGCUUCAUACGAGGAUCUGUUGGACUGUGGCGGUAGAAGAAUCCUGACUGAAAUGCUCACAGAGCUAGGAGUCAUAUUGGUGCUGUCUUGGAAAUUAGGAACUGCUGUCUGCAGCAAUAAAAAAAAAAAAAGCAAUAGUGGAAUAGUUAGAGGAGAAAAAUAACGUGAAGGUACCAGUUGUGUUCGCUGUUCCAAGUUCCAAGUUUUAGGUUUCCUUUAUUUUCUUGUUUGGUUUGAGAAUAUUUUGAAAUAUACUUUACAUCCAGUCUUCUAGUACACUGGAAGCGAUGGGUAAAGCCGUAGGUUGGAAGCUCGAUUUUGAGGGUAAGUCAGGGAUGGACUGAAUGCGUUUCCAAGCAUGGAGGGUUAAACUUUGUUUCAGGAGACCGACUGGUGGGAGCAGAUUGAUCUGAACGUUUAAUAGAGAUGGAGGAUUUGAAAGUGCGAGUUCAUUCACUGGUGAAUUUGUUAACUUCCGGUGGUGGCCAUAGUUAGGAGUAAAACUGGGAAAAGCAACACCAGCCUUAAAUCUGAUAAUAUGACUGCUUUGUAGUGCACUCCAGGAGGAGUGUGUGCUGUUUGUUUGGUUUUUUGUUAAUAUAAAUUUUUACUUUUUGAAAGUGUCUUGUGGAGACAACUUUUAUUCCUUCAUUUGCAGAAUAUUCAAAAAAGAAAAAGAAUCCCACUUUUGUGAAAAUCCUUCCAUAUUGAAUCCUAAAGGUUUCCCUGCCAAAGUGAAACGCAUUGUAGGUUUUGAAAACCUUUAUAGCUGUAUAUUUUAGAUUUGCACUACGGAAAUGUUUCUUUGACCACUUUUGAGUUUUUGGUAGCGUUUACUGAUUGGGGUGAGGGCUCGAGAUGUGAAUCUCAGUCACAAAUACCGGAUUACCAAAGACCUGCUUCGACGUUCACGGUAUUUGUCUUCAAAACCCCUCCAUUAGUUUUAUGAAAGUUGACAAGCGUUUAAUAAGCUUUUAGCAAUGUUAAAAAAUUAAUAAUGGACCUGUUCCUCACUAAAUGUUUCUGCUGUGUUAACCAGUUCUUUAUUUUCAUGUGCAGUUUUUGUAUUGUAUGUAAAUAUAUAGAAAUUGUAAAAGUUCCUUUUGACAUUGUCAUCAUUCUUUGAAUUUGUACAUUUUAGAGCCCCCAAGAGGUCGGCAUAUUUUUUUUUUUGUAGACUAUUUAUUUUAGUAUAGGUUUUUAUGUUUUUUUAUAGUACUAGGGUGUUGUACCGUGUUAGCCAUUAUGAAUGUAGAGAAAAGCCAAGCAAAAUGACACCUUUUAUUGGCUAACUAGAAAGAUUACAAUAUGCAAGCUUUCGAGGCAACUCAGGCCCCUUCUUCAGGCAAGAUGUUUUUUAUGACAGUUUUUGCCGUCUUGUCAGAGUUCUGGUAAGAAGACGGCCCAAAGUGCUGUGGUUUCACACUUCAAAUAAACAGCAAAGUUGACUUUAUUCCUUGUCUGUCUGUAUACGAGAUCUUAGGAUUUGAACUCGCUCUUCUUUAUAACAACAUGCAGGCUGGUUGGUGGUGGCGGUGUUUUGUUUUUUUUUUAUUAUUCCCUUUUAUUUUUCCUAAUCGAAGUGCUUGCUGUGAUCACAUCGUAUCUGCAGUGUUAACACCCCCUGUCGUUUUAAUCAAACCAACCAUAUUGAACACAAAAGUAAAUCAUUUUUGAAAUUGUUUUAU